CCUACCACCCUCGAACAUACAUACUCCUCUAUUCUUAUUACAAAGCAGUACAGAAAACAAACAAAACCAAUAUGACAACCCCUGUUCUUCUCCCAAUGUUUUCUCAAUUAUUGCUUCUUUUCUCUCUCAUGUCUCUCUCAAAUGCUGCAGAGACCUCAGAUUACACAACCUUUAUUGAAUGCCUAGUAAAAAAUUCAAGCCCAGAUGAUCAAGCUAGUGUAUCUUCCAUUGUCUACUCACCUCAAAAUUCAUCAUUUAAUUCUGUGUUACAAGCUUACAUCAAGAACAAAAGGUUUAAUACCUCGGCAACACCAAAACCCGCGAUCAUUGUCACUGCUACCAAGGAAUCCCAUGUCCAAAACACUGUUAUUUGUGCAAAAAACAUGGGAAUUCAGCUGAAAAUUAGGAGUGGCGGCCAUGAUUAUGAUGGGAUUUCUUAUGUUUCUGAUACUACAUUUAUCAUUCUUGAUUUGUUUAAUAUUAGAAAGAUUGAUGUGAAUAUUGCCACAGAAACUGCAGUUGUUGAAGCUGGUGCCACACUUGGUGAACUCUAUUACAGAAUAUGGGAAAAGAGUGAUGUGCAUGGAUUUCCUGCUGGUGUGUGUCCAACUGUGGGAGUCGGAGGUCAUUUAAGUGGCGGAGGCUAUGGUAAUAUGUUGCGUAAAUUCGGGCUUUCGGUUGAUAAUGUGAUUGAUGCUAGAAUUGUUGAUGUUAAUGGUAAAAUUCUGGAUAGGAAAUCAAUGGGUGAGGAUCUUUUCUGGGCUAUUAGAGGUGGCGGGGGUGCUAGUUUUGGUGUUAUCUUGUCAUACACAAUUCAAUUAGUGAAAGUGCCUAAAAUUACGACAGUUUUUCGGGUUAUGAGGAGUUUAGAUGAGAAUGCAACUGAUAUUGUUCAUAGGUAUCAGUUUGUAGUUGAUAAGUUGGAUGAUGGUCUUUUUAUCAGGAUGCUUUUGCAGCCUGUGAGUGGGAAGGUUAAGGGACAAAAGACUAUUAGAGCAACAUUUAUAGGAAUGUUUCUUGGUGAUUCUAGUACUUUGAAGGGGAUAAUGGAUAAAGGAUUUCCUGAAUUGGGGUUAAAGAAAGAAGAUUAUUCGGAGAUGAGUUGGAUUCGGUCAGUGAUGUGGUGGGCUAAUUUUGAUAACACAACAUCGCUGGAUACCUUGUUGUCGAGGAAUUCGGAUGGAGUGAAUUUCUUGAAGAGGAAAUCAGAUUAUGUGCAAACUCCGAUACCUAAAGAUGGGCUGGAAUCAAUUUGGAAGAAGAUGGUUGAGUUGGGGAAAGUUGGGUUUGUUUUAAAUCCUUAUGGUGGGAAAAUGAGUGAGAUUUCUUCAUCCGCCACGCCUUUCCCACACCGGGCAGGGAACAUAUACAAGUUGCAGUACUCGGUGAAUUGGCACGAGGAAGGUGCCGAAGCAGAUAAGAACUACAUGAGUCAGAUAAGGAGUUUGUACAGCUUCAUGACACCAUAUGUGUCUAGUAGUCCCAGAGGUGCAUUUUUGAACUACCGGGACCUUGAUAUUGGCGUUUCUGAUCAUGGUAAAGAUAGUUACACGGAAGGACAAGUCUACGGAGAAAAGUAUUUUGGGGCAAAUUUCGACAGGUUGGUGAAAGUGAAAUCUGCCGUUGAUCCAGAAAAUUUCUUCAGGAAUGAACAAAGCAUCCCUGUUAAGGUUGCUAAUAUCUCAUCCUCCAGCAGACAUGCUCUCAGAAAGUCAUUGGGUAUGUCAUUGUCCUGUUUGUGCUCUGUAAUUUCUUUUGUUUGUGUUACCUAGCUUAAUAUCCUGCAAUAAGAAGUCAUCUGUAAAUGUUGAGAUGUGUUGAAAUUCCGGGGUUCUAAUGGUGAACGUGGAACUGUUGUGUUCAUAUAUGAAUGUAUGGCCAGUUUUAGCUGAAUUAAAGAUCCGGGUCCUGUUUGAAAAGUUCAGAUUUUGUAGAUUGGUAUGUGUAAUUACUUCCACCAAAAGUAUGAAAAGGUUGUAGGGGCAUUCAGUUUUUUCCU